AUGCCUUCCCUCUCCCGGUAUCUGCAGGGAAGUUUCCCUUGUUGCCAGGACACCAAUAAACGCUAAUCUGCAGAGGCCACUUGUUCAAUGUUUAUGUCCCUGUUGUUCUAUCUCCUGGUAACUCACAUUACAAAGCAAUGUAACACUGGUCCCUUGGACAGCACAGGGUUACGUUUAAAGGGCAGGAGUAUGAAUGUGCAGCAGCAAUACUUUAAUGUACACAUUAACUAAGAUAUCUAUCUAUAUUAUUAUUAUUAUUAUUAUUGGUUAAUUAUUUAUAUAGCGCCAGCUUAUUCCGUAGCGCUUUACAAUAAGAGGGGAAUUUACCAAAUGAGACAAUAACAAAGUGUAACAGCAACAAUAGGUAGCUGAGGACCCUGCUCAGACGAGCUUACAAUCUAGAGGAGGUGGGGUAUAAAAACACAAUAGGAAGGGUAUUGAGGAAGACAGCAAAUAGACAUGGUGGGAAAGUAGCAGAACUGGAGGUGAGAGUGGAGUGUGGCCCUCUAGGAGAGAGCAAGAGGAAGGUUUGAGAGAUAGAAGUUACUCUUGGAGGCCAUAAGCAUUCCUUAAAAGAUGGGUUUUGAGGGACUUCUUAAAAGAUUGAAGACUAGGGGAGAGUCUGACAGGGGUAGGCAGGCUGUUCCAAAGGAGAAGUCUUGCAGGCGUGUAUUUGCAGUAAGGGUGCGAGCAGCAGACAGGAGAAGGUCACCAGUAGAGUGGAGAGGCCAAGAGGGGGCAUACCUAUGAAUCAGUGAAAAAAUGUAAGAGGGGCUAGAGUUGGUUAGAGCCUUAUAGGUAAGGGUUAGUAUUUUAAAUUGACACCAGUAGGGUACAGGAAGCCAGUGUAAGGAUCGACAGAGGGGUGAGGUGUGGGAGGAGCGACAGGAGAGAAAGAUCAGCCUGGCAGCAGCAUUCACCACAGAUUAGGGGGGCAAUACAGCUUGUGGAGAAACCAAUUAGGAGAGAAUUACAGUAAUCGAUGCAAGAGAUUACUAGAGCGUGAACAAGCUGCUUGGCAGCAUCUUGUGUAAGAAAGGGGCGUAUGUGGGCAAUAUUUUUAAGUUGGAAUCGACAGGUUUUAGCAACAGACUGGACAUGAGGCGCAAAGGUGAGGCCAGGAUCAAAAGUGACACCAAGACAGCGAGCUUGAAAGGAUGGGGUAAGGCAGGUACUGUCAACCUGCAGGGAGUGUGAAGGAGGAGGAUCAGUGUUAUGAGGAGUUAAAAUAGGAAACUCUGUUUUAGAGAGAUUGAGUUACAGAAAGCAGGAGGACAUCCAGUCAGACAUAGAAGAAAGGCAAUUGGUAACACGUUGUAGGACAGCAGGGAAGAGGUCAGGGGAGGAGAGAUAAAUCUGGGUGUCAUCAGCGUACAGGUGGUAGUGGAAUCCAAAUGAAUUAAUGAGUUUGCCAAUAAAGGCAGUAUAGAGAGAGAACAGAAGGGGACCAAGAACUGAACCUUGAGGGACUCAGACUGAGACAGGACGAGGAGAGGAGGUGGCAUUGGAAAAAGAGACACUGAAGGAGCGUUGGGAGAGAUAGGAGGAAAACCACGAGAGGGCCUUGUCACAGAGACCAAGAGAUUGAAGAGUUAGGAGAAGAAGGCCAUGAUUAACAGUGUCAAAGGCAGCAGAGAGGCCAAGAAGAAUUAGUAUGGAGUAGUGGCCUUUGGAUUUGGCUGCGAUUAGGUAAUUUGUAACUUUAAUAAGAGCAGUCUCAGUAGAGUGGAAGGGGGCGAAAGCCAGAUUGAAGAGGAUCGAGGAGGGACUUGGAAUUUAGGAAUGUAUUUUUUUAUUUUUUUUUGCUUUGUUUUGGUUUUUUUUUCUCAAUACACAUUUGAAUUUAGAUCCAGUUCCAAAUUACAGCUGACACCAGGGAAAAUGCAGCAAUUGUAAGUUGGCCAGACCCACCAUGUGUUGCUAGCUAUAUCUCCCUUCUAUAUUCUGUAAGGCAAUACAUGAAAAGGGCUGCCCUGCGGAACACGUUGAAUUGUUGCAGGAAGAAAACAAAAUAAUUAAUCGAUAAACCCAGGGGUGCAGUGUCAAUUAGUUAGUUGAUAUUCCUCCUGCAGGAUAGAAAUGCUUUAUAUAGGGCAACACUUUUCAUGUGCUUCCCAUCAACAUUAAGAUGUAGAAACAGACCUGGCAACGCAAUGUCCACAAACAGCUAUGUUGACGAUUUUACUCGUCAGUGUUUUAGAAAUGUGAUGGAUGUAGUAAAUAUGGACUGGCACAUAGCUAUCACUGAUCUGCACUAGUCACAUAAUCAUAUUAUUAACCAUACGGUGACCUAAGGAGAGAGCCCUGUAAUCAGCCAUAAUCGCCUCUAUACGAAUAGUGAAGAGGGGCCCCUGGUUUCUGCUACACUACAGUCACCAUAACAACGACAGCUAAAUGUGUCUAUAGCCUGUCCCUGCAGGCUUUCUAAUGGAAAUACUGCCUUUUCAGAAAAAAAGGGCAGUGUUUACAUUGCUGCCUAGUAACACCUCUAGGUGUAGACACUCAGAUGGCUGCUAGAGGUGCUUCCUAGGUCAGUGCUGCACAGCGCGCAGCAUUGACGUUCAGAGCUUGGAGACGUUAAACUUUCCCCAUAUAGAUGAAUUGACUCAAUGUACCUCUAUACAGAGAUGAUGAUUGGCCAGGGCGGUGUUUAGCCGCACAGGCGCAAUAGCCUCCCAAUGCUUUCAAAUAUGAUUAUCUUAGCCAAAGCAGCAGAGCGGGUCGGAGCCAGCUGCGACAUGACAGGCACGACGUUGGAAAUAAGGUGAGCAAAAUAACUUUUUAACAGGAGGCAAGGUGGGCCAGAGAGCUAACAUGUUUUUUAAAAACUAUAGUGUCAGAAAUACGUAUGUAUUCCUGACACUAUACUGUUCCUUUAAAUGCACACUCUGAAAACCUCUUUUUUAAUUUUACAAAAAGUGCAGAUUUAAGUAGAAAGUUUGACUUAUUAUUAUUGGCAUUUAUAUAGUGUCAACAAAUUCGGCACUGCUUUACACUUUUAUAAAUUAACCUUGGUACAUCCCCUGGCUGUCAAUCAGACAGCUGCUCCUGUUACUUAGGCAGCAAUUGCCCAGAGCACCUGCCUUGCAAAGAGUUCUCAUUGAGCUGCAAUGGGAAGUCUGUGAUUGGACAGCCACAGUAAGUCUGGGCGGGGUUAGAAGGGGAGGGGCUUGUAAAGGUUUCAAACAAGAGAUCUACAACUUUUACAAGCUGUUUUUAGAUAUAACUCCAAUGGAAAAAAAUGUAUCAUUAAAUGUAUGCAUGUAUAUAAAAUAAAUAGUGAUUUUUUAAAUGUAUUUACAUGUAUAUUUAUUUUGUAUUUGUGCAGUAGAAUGUCUCUGCAAUGCUUCCCUGUCUAAAGUGUCUUCCUAGAGCCCAUGGCGUAGUCAGGAGCCCAGUGUGUCCAGCUGCAGCAUACACAGACACACACUCUGCAGCUGAAACAUAGAAACAUAGAAUGUGACGGCAGAUAAGAACCAUUCAGCCCAUCUAGUCUGCCCAAUUUUCUAAAUACUUUCAUUAGUCCCUAGCCUUAUCUUAUAGCUAGGAUAGCCUUAUGCCUAUCCCACACAUGCUUAAACUCACAGUGUUAACCUCUACCACUUCAGCUGGAAGGCUAUUCCAUGCAUCCACUACCCUCUCAGUAAAGUAAUACUUCUGGAUAUUAUUUUUAAACCUUUGUCCCUCUAAUUUAAUGGUUGUAAAGAAUUGGCUUGUGUGUUUCUAUGGCAAUGGCAGUACCUGGCCUGCGUACAUACUACAUACAGCAGGCUGCCUGCCAGCAUGGCAGCACUUGGAGCGAUUUGGGGAAAGCAGAGAGGCGGCAACCUGCACUAACUGCCAGUGAGAUACAAGGCACCAUUCUUCCACCCCAUACUAACGGAACGGGGGUCCAAACUGGCAUCCUGCCAAGUGCCCCAUGGUAUCUCCAUCCGUCUUUGAUAAAACAUGGCACAGCACCACCCGUGUUGAAGCAUGGAGCUUCGUUAUGGUUUUCCAGUUACCAAGGAGGGAACAAAUUGAUUAAACCGCGGCCUGAGAAUCUGUGUCCGCACCUCAAAAAUGCAGUAAAUCUUCAAAUUCAGAGGGUGAAGUACCCCAGUUAUCAUAACAUGUUAUGCUAUUUGAAUUGUUACAGAACUACAACUUCCAUGAUGCUUUGCCAGCCACUUUAAAACAGAUAGAGGGCACCUUCACUUUUCACCUCUACCGGAGGAUGUUCAGAGUAGUCUCUAUGGUUUUCCUGUUUCACUCCCUGCACAGAGCAUGGAAUAAAGCAGGGACGACCAUAGAGACUAACUGUCGGUUUUCAAACACUGUCUGACCCAAGGUGUAUGUUCACUGAUCAGUCACAACAUUAACCCCUAAAGACCGCAGCCAAAUGUACACGUUGUGAUCAAAACAAAACGUAAACAAAACCUGGCAUUUGCGCUAUAUCUCUGUCCAACCAUAAUUCACCUCUUUCAUAUUAAAUGCACCCACACUUAUUAUAUAUCAUUUUAUUCAGGGGAAACAGGGCUUUCAUUUAACAUCAAAUUUAGGUAUGGAACAUAAUUUAAUAUGAAUAAAAUAUAUAAAAAUAGGCGAAAAUAAGAUUUUUAAAAAUUUUCUUAGUUCUACGUGACAUUUUAACUGUGAAUGUCAAAAUACUGUUUGCUUUUACUGCAAUAAAAUACACAUAUUUGUAUUCAGCGGUGUCUCACGUGUAAAACAGCACUCCCUAUGUACAGGGUUUAUGGGGUUUUGGGAAGUUACAGGGUCAAAUAUAGCAUGUUACAUUUUUUAUUUUUUUCACAUUGAAAUUCGCCAGAUUGGUUACGUUGCCUUUGAGACCAUAUGGUAGCCCAGGAAUAAGAAUUACCCCCAUGAUGGCAUACCAUUUGCAAAAGUAGACAACCCAGGGUAUUGCAAAUGGGGUAUGUUCAGCCUUUUUUAGAAGCCACUUAGUCACAAACACUGGCCAAAGUUAGUGUUAAUAUUUGAAAAUGCAAAAAACUAAUUUGAACGCCAAUUUUGGUCAGUAUUUAACAAUAUGGCCGGUGUAUAUCGCAGAAGGAUCUUGUUGUAUAUUAAAGGUAGGAAUGAGUUUCCCAUAAUUUGUUUUUACAUAUACUUCAUUUUAAAAAAUUAAAUCUAAUUUCUUUUAUUACUAGCAAAGGAUUAUUAUAUUACAUUUUUUUUUUGAGGUGACAGUUGUCCUUUAAUUACUAUAUCUUUCCAUAUUCUAGAUUGCAAGCUCUUUGAGCAGUGUCCGCCUCAUCAACCUAUGGUCCUGUAAAAUUCUGUAAUUGUCUCAUUUAUAGUUAAAAUUCUCCCUUUAUGAUAUUAUUAGGCGCUGAGGAAUAAGUUGGCGCAAUAUAAAUGCCAAUAAUAAUAAUAACAAUAAUAUUAUAAAGCUCUAAAUAACUUUAUUUGGACAAUACAGACUGCACAGACAUCCCCUAACCCUCAGAGCUUGCACUCUGCAGAGAGGAUGAACCCUGAUGACCCUGUGUCACAGUGCCAGCCAUUUCACAUGGAAAGCAAAGCCUGCCAUCCAUGAAGUCUGACUAUAUCCCUGGGAGGGGGCAUGAGCCAAGGUGCCACCCCCUGGCCACAAGGCGGAAGUGCGCGCAUUGCCCUCUGGGAGUUGUAGUUCUGGGUGAUUGGGGCGGUACUGCAGCUCCCACUGUACAGAGCGAGGAGUAAACAGGUAGAAAAGCAGAGGAGCUGGCUGGAGGUGAGUGCAGGGGCUUUAAAUAUAAUAAAUAUGAAUGAUCUGUCUAUAGAGAGAGAGAGAGAGAGAGAGAGAGAGAGAGAGAGAGCUAUAUCUGUAUUACUGACACAGAGGAUCAGACUCCCCUUCCCUACCAGCUGCAUCAUGAUGAGAUCACAGUCAGGAUUUAAAUAGAUCCCUGUGUGGUGAUACUUUGUAUCAGUGUGUUGUUCCUUCACUGGAUUUGCAUUAAAUUGCAUUAUACUGACUCCUGCAAUCCCCCUCCCAGAGCUGCUGCAUGGCUCACAUUGGGAUAUUUACGUCCUAGCUAAUUCUGCAUUGUGGGUUUCCCUGUACAAGGCUGUCAGACCAGCUGGUGACUGGCCAGGUUUCAUUUGGUGAGAUAUUUAUAUUAUUUAUUUUUAUGUAUUUAUAAAUCUGGCUGCUCUCCUUCACCUUUACAACCCCCCAAAGUGUCCCCCAUUACCUGUGUUUACCUGCACUUCUAAAAGCAGUGAUGGCAGAUCUUGGCUCCCAAGUUGUUGCUGGUCACUGAUGCUUAGUUUAGAUAAUAUAAGUAAAUAAUGAAGCACAUUAAUUGUUUUGUGGGUUGUAGUUUAUUUUACUAAGCAGUGAAUUACAAAACACAUUUGUGCUAUUUCACCAAAGAGAGCGAAGUUUUAAAAUUUGUCCUAAAUGUUCUGUAUUCAGUUCAUUAUAAUUUGCUGUUUACUGAAUAAAUCUCUUAUUAUGGUCACUAUGCUGGCUACCAAAGCAAUGUACCCCUGGGUGUUUCUGUCUUGGGGUGUGUGAGUCACAGGUGGGGCUAUCUGGUGCCAUUUAUACCAUAAAACUGUUCAUCUAUACAUUGUUAACCAAAUGGUGGCAAAUCACAGCCCAUGAGUUUUCUGGAGAGCCACUAGAGGCGCAUCUGCAACACUGGAGGCACAUUUCGCCUCCAUCGCGCAGAGCGUCCAUAGGAAAGUAUUGAGAAAUGCUUUCCUAUGGACACUUUGAAUGCACGCACGGCACUUGCUGCGCAUGCGCAUUCGGCUUCACUGACGUUGGCUGGGGAGGAGAGGUCACCAGCACCGAGGGGGAGCCCGGCGCUGGAUUAAAGUAAGUAACUGAAGGGGUUUUAUCCCCUUCAGCGCCACGAGAGGGGGACCCGGAGGGUGGGGGCAGUCUCAGGGCACUAUAGUGUCAGGAAAACUGCUUUGUUUUCCUGACACUAUAGUGAUCCUUUUAAUAUAGCAGUUUUGGUAUACAGAUCAUGCCCCUCAGGUUUCACUGCUUAAUUCUUGGCCAUUUAGGAGUUCAAUCACUUUGUUUCUGUUUAUGCAGCCCUUGUCACACCUCCUCUGGCUCUGACACAGCCUGCACGAAAAAAAAAAAAAACUGGUUUCACUUUCAAUCAAAUGUAUCUUAAACAAUUUUAUCUCUUGCUUUAAAUUGAACUUUAAUCACGUACAGGAGAAUCUUGCAGGGUCUAGCAAGCUACUAGCAUAGCAGGGGACAGGAAAAUCUAAAUGAAACAGAACUUGCAAUAAAGGAAGGAUAAACUUUAGAUGACUCUUUACAGGAAGUGUUUAGGGAGGCUGUGCAAGUCACAUGCACGGAGGUGUGACUAGAGUUCAUAAACAAAGUGAUUUAACUUCUAAAUGGCCAAUAAUUGAGCAGUGAGACUGCAGGGGCAUGAUGUAUACACCAAAACCCCUUAAUUAAACUAAAGUUGUUUUGGUGACUAUAGUGUCCCUUUAAUUAGGCUCUUCCCAUUGCUGGAAGAAUGGAAUAAAUCUUUCCUAUUGAAACUAUUUAUUUUAAAAUAAUAAUUCUAAAUAAGCAUAUCAAUAACUCUGUUUUUUUGUGUUUUUUUAAAUCUUACUCUAAGUCGUAUUCACUAAACUCUGAAUUUUUCAAAUUAAAUCAAUAUGAAUAUAAAAAUGAGGCCAAAAUAACUGAUCUAGAAAGAAUUCUCCAGCUCUGCCAUAGUCACAACAGUUUUUCAUUUAUAUUUCAUGAAAAAUCCGAAUUGAGUGAAUAACACUGGGUGAUAUGAACUGCUGAAAUGAAAUUUUCUUUUGCGCGCUUGCCACCAUAAAACAGGUAUAGGGUUCCAGUAUAAAAAGGCAUAGUUCUAAAAGUGGAGAAAUAGUGAAUAUUCCAUUGGUUUCUAUGGCAUCUGCUCCACUUUCAGUACUUUAGCCUGAAAUUCCUCCUUAAACAUAGCCCACAAGGAUCAGUGCUUGUAUCAUUGGAUGAAUUGGGUAAAUACACAGCAAUAUGGAUCCACACCUUGUCGUCUGGGAUAUCGCAGUGAAGUGAAAACUUCCUGGGCUAUUCUUCUGUCUUUACUGUAUCAUUUAGGCUUCUUUUGCACUUGUAAUGGUCAUCGAUUGAACACCAUUUUUUUUUUUUUGCUGUACAAACAAUUUAUAAAUAUUUUCAUCACUUUUUACCUGAGAAAAGUCUUUGCUUUUUCCUCUACUCUAAAGUCGGCAGCCGCCUCUGUGAAAAAUUAUGGAAUUUACGUAGAGAAAAGCCAACACUAUUUAGAUGGUUUUUAGAACAAUUUAAUAUAUUUUAUAAAAACAGAUUAGAGACCCAGAAACAAAGACUCUAUUCAGAACUCGGAUAAUUUUGUGUGGGAUCUCGUUAUACAAUUAACCUGCUUCCAGUAGGCUGGCUGUGCAAUCAGUUGAGUGAUUGAUGCAUUGUUUCUGGAAGAACAAUUGAUGCAGAUAAUGAUUAUUACUCAAUAAGCUGAUACUAACAAACUAUAGGACUCUUCCUCUCAUAAGGUUGUUUUGGCUUACUUGUCUUAUCAAAACAACCCUCAGGGUGUUGAACUCAAUUGUGGAUUUUGGUGAAUUGCAAACUAAACUUUGGGGCUAUAGGCCAAAAUAGCUGGAGAUUAGCUGUAGAACAUGUCCAACUCAUCUACUUUGCUGACAUUUCGCCAUAAAUGAGACCAUGGCUGAAUCCAAAAGCCGUCACUUGUGAUGGCUGUUAGAAUUGGACCAAAGUUGGCGUCUGAGCUCCAUCUUGUCAACCUAAGGCUUGUCCAUAAGACCAAGUAAGUCCCUAUUUCCAUCAGGUCAAUGUACAGAGACAUGUCUGGGCACACGAUAUACAUCGUCCUUCGCAGAUUUUUUUUAAAUCAAGAACUGGAGUAGGCAUACUCUAAUCUUUUAUAAAGUCUGUUAUGGACUUUUCUUUGCACAGACAAAAUUCCAGUAUGUCUUGAUCAUUGCAAGGAAUGAACCUGCUGGGGCCAAUCAGACUAGCUGUAUCCUGAUAUUUGUAAACCUAAUGCAUCAAAACAGGAAAGAUACAGAGAGGUAUGUGUCCUGUAUUCACCAAUUGUUGCCAUAACAAAGAGUUAUUUCAUGCACAGCUCCCCCCCUCCACCAUCACUGGAAAAAUACAGACUGCUUAACCCUGUAACACAAGUACGGCAGUAUACUACUUCACACAGCGGUAUGUCUACUCAAUAUUUGUCUCUUUUUAUUUUUUUUGCAGAAUACAAAUGUAAAAUCUGCAUUAACCCUUUAAGGACACAUGAUAUGUGUAACAUGUCAUGAUUCCCUUUUAUUCCAGAAGUUUGGUCCUUAAGGGGUUAAAGGAAACAAAAUAGGCAUGAUUGAAGGGAGCCUUUUAGUGACACUGUCUCUUUAAAAGGGAGUGAUCACUAAACAAAAUAAAUAGAUUUCUCCUAUAGGAGCAGGGAUCUAAAACCGAGCAGCCUUUACAAGCCGAUCUGCUACCCUGUCUUUCAGAUAUAAAGCUGUGGGAACACUUUUUUGUACAAGUCUUGUGAGUGGCAUCUCAUUUUGGUUCUAUUUUAUUGGUUGGAGUGGGUUCAUUAAUCACUGGACGCAAGAAACUGAUGAUUUUCUGUAGUUUACCUGGGUGAUCGUAAUAAGGGGCUUUUCAUUCAAUUGUGAGUGUCAGAGAAUUGGUGAUCAGCUUUCAAAUUUCACAAAACUUACCUGUUAGUUAAAGGGACACUAUAGUCACAGGAACAACUACAGCUUAUUGAAUUUGUUCUGGUGAGUAGAAUCAUUGCCUUCAGACCUUUUGCUGUAAGCACUGUCUGUCAGAGAAAAUGCAGUGUUUACAUUACAGCCUAGAGAUACCUCCACUGGCCACUCAUAGAGAUAAUUGAUUCAUUGUAUCUCUAUGAGGAGAUGCUGAUUGGCCAGGGCUGUGUUUGACUUGUGCCGGCUCUGCCCCUGAUCUGACUUCUUGACAUUCUCAGCCAAUCCUAUGAGAAAGCAUUGUGAUUGGCUCAGAUAAUUUCUUGGGUUCUGCUGUGUGUCGAGCAGUGGUGUGUGAAGUAGCAUAUAGAGUCCCAUUCCGCAUCUGUGAGUGAUCUAUCCAGGGCUGUUUCCCACUUUCCCAUGAAUAGGGGUUUCGCUGUGGGGGUCUCUGCUUGGAGUGUGGAGUACAGUGUACAGACUCCGUGUGGGAUUGGAUCUGGGUGUUGUCAAAGCUUUUCGAAUGUGGUAUGCUCCCUGUUGAGCGCUGGUUCCGGUGGCAGGGUGAGGAUAUAUUUGAUCAGUUGUGCGUAUUUAAAGUGGUGCAUAAAGGUCGGUGGUGUCUCUCCCAUCAGGUCUGUCAAUGUUCUGCAUUUCUGCCCCCUUACAAUGUGAUGUAGACUUGGUGAGGGGGUUGGGAGGAUGUCUCUAAAUGCUUUUGGGUCCAGCCCUGGUUGGAAGUCGUCGUUAUGGGUCAGUGGCAGGAGCGGGGAAGGGUACGGUGCUAAGUUCCCUGCUUUCGCAGCCUUCCACCAUAUACCUAGAGUGUGUUUCGUAUAUACAGACAUGGCUCCCUUGCCCUUGGGGUCUCUGUCCCAGGGCAGUUCGGAGAUUGGUCUACCCGCCCAGAUAAUAAUUUCUGAAAUCAGCCUAACGGGUAGAUCAGAGGCCGAGGCAGUAGCUGCAGACUUGAAUACAAGUAAGAUUUUACUGUAUUUAGGGUGGCAUAGGGGCAUUGUGGGGAGCUAGAUGGUGGUUUUAACACUAUAGGGUCAGGAAUACAUGUUUGUGUUCCUGACCCUGUAUUGUUCCUUUAACAUUUUUGGCCUUAAUAUUCAAGGCCUGUUCUCAUCUCGCUACAAUCCCAGUUUAGCAGAGAAAUCCUUUUUUUCUUUCUUUUAUUUUCUUGACGGGUGAACAAAGGUUGUGGUUUUAGGGAAAAUGUGAUCGGCAAUUAGAGUAUUGUCAGAGUGAAAGCAUUUGAAUUUUAGCAUCUACAUUGGUUUGGAAUCUAUUACUUUUUAAUAAGCCUGGUGAGAAAAUUGCGCAUUAAUCACAUUUGAAGAGAGAAAAGAAGCCGGAGUUUCUGAGUAGAAAUACGUAUUGUCCACAGAUGUAAAGUGCAGAAUUUAAAUGUACAAACGCUUUGAUAAUUUAGGAGGAUGUGGUUUCAGUCAUGCCAUGGGGCUCAUUCACUAAACAGCAAAUCGUAGGAAAUUGAAAACCAAACACAAGCUUUAGGUGAAAAUAGCCGAUGUGCUCUUUAGUCAUAGGUGUAUAUUUCAGCCUGAUUUUUACAAAAAAAAAUUUCUUGCAAUUUGCUGUUUUGUGAUUAAGCACCGUAAUGUCACUUUUAUACUUGUUUUAUAAACCUUUGUGUUUUUAAUGUUAAUCCACAAUGCCUGCCCCAACGUACAGUCAUCGGUUCCCUAGACCAUUUCUGGACUCAGUGACCUUUGUGACCUAGAACUUUUUAAAUAAACAAUCCAGGCACCAUAACCACUUCUGGAGAGCCAAUAGCACUGCAAGGCUUAGCUCAGGAGAGCAGAAAGAUAUUUGUGGUUAUGAACGUCCGGCUAUCUGGAAUAUUGUUUCAUUUUUCCUUGUCUCUGUAUGCUCUCUCUGUGCUGAUUGCCGGGUGCGAAGGACAGAGCUUAUAACAAUGGCUGACAGGGAGCUAAGAUGGAGGGGUCCUGUUGCAGGGUAAAGAUGCGUAGAUUUCUACGUUUAUGAUUAUUAUUCACACAUCACACGUACAUAUUUAUAAAAUAUAGGGGUAAACAUAAUAUUAAACAUCAUGGAAAGUGACCCUUCCCCUUUAAGCACUUGGAUGUAAAUAUUGGGCAAGCGGUGGCUGGCUGUGUGGGUGGCCUUGUUGCUUUCUGUAAUGCAAUCUCUGUCUCUAUGAACAAGUUGAGCUCUUCCACUUAUCUUUGUUGAUUCUGUUUAUAAGGAGAUAGAGAGGGGGUAAAAUUUAAAGGGAAAGAACCAUGAAUGUGUAAAAUCAUUGUACCUGUCUGGACGCAUGCAAUAAAUUAGUAUUUUCCUUGCAUGAUGUUCCAGUGUCCUGGGUGUCAGUCGAUUUAUUAAUUCCACAUUCCUGCAUUCGGUCACAAGGUGCCAAGUUGCAGACCACUUAAAUACGGCUGGACUACAACCCCUAUCUCACUUUGCCGUUGUGUGUCUGUCUGUCUGGGUUGAUAAACACUCCUAUUUUGGGGAUGUUUUUGCCCUCAGGUUACACGGCAUGUCCCUUUAAAUGAAGAGUGGUACAAAAGUGAUAAAUCAAUCAGUUUAGCAGCCCAGAAUAUCAGACACUAACUUAAUGGGACAUUCUAAGUACCAUAACCACUUAUUGUAGUAUAUGUGGUCAAACAAAUCCGUUCUGAUUUAAGUUUGGCUAUUGUGGCGUAAAAUUUUUAAUUUAAAUUCUAUGUUGUGGGGGAAAAAACAGUUAAUAUACAAUCAAAGCAAAUCUGUAACGUCUGCUGAUGGUUAUUUGUGUAUGUUAUCUAUGUGACCAAAAUAUAACCAUGGUAAUGAGGGCAAAUGGUCUGAAAUGCAACAAAACCAGCGUUAUUAACGGCAUUUUCUGAUCAAACGUUACGCUUUUGUCCUGUACACACGGGGUUGCAGACGUGUCUCUCAUCGCUCCGACAAAACCAAAUACUGGUGUUUAUUGAAUAAACUGGGAAUUAACAAAGGGGUUGGGAACUUGUUCAUUGUGCGAUUUCUCUAUAAUUUAUUUUACCCUAAAAUAAAGAAAUGAUGAAGUACUUCCUGUUUAUGGAAUGAAGCCCACAUUACGCCCAUUUUUUUCCAAUACGAUCCUUAUACCGGUUUAGGGCCGGUCGUGGAAGAAGUAUCCCUAUAGACUGAGAUAACAAGAAGACCCAGGUUGUUUAUAAGCCAGGCAGAGCAGUAAGAUAAGAUUUAAAUUGGUUUUCAUCACACAAUGAAAUAGAUAAGAACUCUUUGCACAGUCUGUUUGUAAUGCUUGCUGUGUUAACUGCUCUCUGUAACAUGGUGUUCAGGCUAUCUCCUUGCAGAAUAUAUAUAAUAUAUAUGUCAGGGCUGGAAGGCACAGAUGCCUCCAUGGUAGCGUUUGUUGUGAUUUUGCGGAAGCCGUUGCUAUGUGCGCAGUGUUAAUUAAGUGUUCAUUCGUGUGGCAGCGCUCAUCCUGUGACUAAUGCUUUCUUGCAGAUAUUUAUACAGAGCCAUGGCAAGCGACCCACCACCUCCCUACCCUGGAGGACCCACGGCCCCCCUGUUAGAGGAGAAACAUGGAACAUCUGGCGUGGAAGGUGGUAUGUUUGGAGAGUUUAAGGAUCUAGCAUUGUGCCAUUAACCCUUUACUGGCUGAGCCAGUCUGCAGAACAUUACAUCAUUGGGGAAUUUUAGGCCACAAUAGCCAUCAAACUGUUAUCCCCUUCCUGGCUGCAGAGCAUUACAUCCUGCUUUACACCUGACUAGAGAGAUUGGCACGCAGUUAAAGGGACAUUCAUAAUGCUGGGCUUUCUAUGUAGUGCUGAGCAAAUCCCUACAGAGCAGUAUAUCAUGGACUUAACAAAAGGCCCAUCAUAUACUGGGAAUUAUAGUUAAUAUGUUUGCUUUCUACUGUAGAACUGAGUGCCUAACGUGUGUGGGAGCCUGGAGUGUCCCUUUAAUAAUAUAAACCCACCCAGUAUAACUAACUGUAACCUAACCUACACAGUGCAUCUAACGUGUGUGGGAGCCUGGAGUGUCCCUUUAAUAAUAUAAACCCACCCAGUAUAACUAACUGUAACCUAACCUACACAGUGCAUCUAACGUGUGUGGGAGCCUGGAGUGUCCCUUUAAUAAUAUAAACCCACCCAGUAUAACUAACUGUAACCUAACCUACACAGUGCAUCUAACGUGUGUGGGAGCCUGGAGUGUCCCUUUAAUAAUAUAAACCCACCCAGUAUAACUAACUGUAACCUAGCCUACACAGUGCAUCUAAUGUGUGUGGGAGCCUGGAGUGACCCUUUAAUAGAAUUACAUUAAUAAGGUACCCAUUCCACACCCCUGGUUAUAGGUCAAAUAAUUCCCCAAUUAAUAUCCCACUAAACAUUCAUUUAGGUGAGUGUCCCUUUAAUAAUAUAAGUGAGGCCUAGUGUUACACUAUUGUUGGUUUUGUGUAAUUGUCGUGUUAUGUAUCUGGUGUGUUCUCCAUAAAUUAAAAUAAUAUAAUCCGUUUACUUCCAAAUAUUUUCUCGGAAUUAGGGUUUAAACAUAGCUUAAAUUAAAAUAAUCCAUGCUGAAUCUGUGGUAUUUGUUGAUCAGUUAUUGGGUUUGUGUUUUUAAUGGUUUUACAUUUUCUAAUCCUGUUUGUUUAUGUACGUUUUGCAGACAAUAGACAAUAUCCUGGGGUCUUUCCAGGGGGUCCAAUAUACGCACCCCCAGAUUCAGGGCCUCCUCCCUAUGAAGCCCAGCCUGGAUACAUUUCUCCAAACCCAGGUAGGUCUUUUCCCUACACCACCUACUAGCAGUUACAUUUUUUUUUUUUGUUUUGUAAAUCUUUUUUUGGUCGUGCAUGAAAAUACAUUACAUCCUGCAAUUGCAAGAAUUUGUGUAACACAUAAUGAAACCUAUAGCGUGAAGUUGUAAACAUUUAGCGAGAACAUUAUGCUUCAAUUCGAGGAAACAGCACAGUACUUUGUUAGUGGUAUAUUGGUAUCAGGCUUAAGGAUACAGUCAAGCUGAGAGGAACAUGUGAGCAGGUGCUUACAAGGUAGCGGUAUUAGUGAAUGUCAGGGUCGGACAGUAUCCAUUUUUAUAAGCAAUUAGGCUAAGUGCUUGAGUAGUCAACUUGAACUUAGUGUUGAGGGAAAGCAUGCUUAAUCGAGAAUAAACUGGUCAGGCCAAACUCCACACAUAUGCAACACAGUGAUAACAUGUGCACAAGACAUGGUGAAGCCUCUGAGUGAUAGGUGUGUGCAGAGAAAGUGUGUGGCACUCUAUUGUAAGUCAACAGUAGGUUAUUCUACAGGUGAAGCACUCUCUGUUUGCUUAAAGGAUUAAGCUGAUAAGGUAGUGGCGGAUCUGAGAGUGAGCAAGUUUAGACCACAGUGGCCAUAUUGGGUUGUAGGUGGCCUCAAGGCUAGCAUAGAAGCCUUAAUGGCUUUAUCCAUGAGCUUAACCAGGGGUGUAUUAUGGUGGUAGAGUAUUAUCGCAUUCUUAACGAAUGAAAGUAUAAUAAAAGGGCAACAGGCCUAAAUAAAUCAUCAGUCAUAGUAGAUCAUAUGCGCAGUUGGUUCUGGAUCUCAGCCUUUGGGUGUGACGUCCAUCCGUAUUCACUUGGCCUAUUCCCUGGAGUGGGUGUCCCUUAAGGCCCUGUGGUAGUCCAUACCAUGGCAGGAAUGGUGUCUCCACUUUCACCCCUUUCCUCCAGUGUCUAGAUCCAUGAGGGCCAUGGGUGAUUGCAUGUUGCCAGGGUGUGGGUCCAUGGGACCUCUGCAGCUUGUGUCUUCGGCCCAAGGCCUUGGUGGGGGCCCGUGCCUGUAAUCCACUGAUCCCAUUAGCAGAUUUGUGGGUCCAUGUGGUUACCGGGUCCCGGGCAAGCCUCUGGGGGUAUGGACAGCGAUGGGGGGGUUUACCUCCAAUUGGGCCCCGGCUUGGAUGAAGAGCAGGCAGAAAGUCAUUGGGAGCCUGCCCUCUGGCAGACGGCAUGCGGUGCCUUGCACAUGCUUGUGCUGCAUUGGGGAAGCAGGAGGCGAUAUCACCUGUGAGCUGGUAGCCAGACGUUGCCACACAGCUUCUGGCACACAGCUUAGAAUCUGGCAUUGAAAGAGUCCAGCCACUCCUGGGUCUUCUGGCUCGGUCGGGAGUGCAGUGUUGCCUAGCCGGCGGCCAUUUUGGUCUUGCCUCGCUUGCGUGCACGGUGUGCCGCAUCAAGGUAGGUUAGCCCCAGUGGGGACCGUGAUAACCCCCACCGAUCCGGGGGGGGCGGGGAGAACAGGGGGUUGCAGCAAGUGCCACCUGGUGUUGUGCCGCAGGGACAGGGUGAUCGGCCGCCUCAUCCAUCCGCCUGCCGUGCUGGGCUGCUGCGGGGUCUCCGCGGAGAAUUUUCUCAGGUAAGUUGCUCCAGUCCGCCUCUGGGCCUGUUGUGGGUGAGAUGCAGUGGAGUGCUUUGAGUUUUGGGGGCUGUCUGUCUGUGGUACAGGCUUAAUUAGUGAGUUCUUACAGGAGCUCUCACGAUGUGCAGCCAGCUGCCAUGAUGUCCAGGCCCCGCCCCCUCUUCUAGCAGUUAUAUUAAACUGCAGUGUUUUGCUGUCUAAAUAGUCUUUCCUAGUGCUACAAAUGAAUGCUUCCUAUUGGCUGAUAACCGGAGGCAACACAGCUGGGUGCAUCCUAUUGGCUGAUAACCGGAGGCAACACAGCUGGGUGCAUCCUAUUGGCUGAUAACCGGAGGCAAGGCAACUUGGGGGAAACUGGAGGCAGGACAGCUAAACAUAUUGGUUGCUUUAUUUUAUGCUAACAAAACUGAACCUUGUCAGAAGAGCUAACAGUCUAAAUUUUGUUUGACCUUUUUAAGUCCCUAACCUGUGUAAUGGAGGGAAAAUGGCUCAACUAUUUAAACCCCUGAGAGUUUUGCAUCUGAAAUAAUUCAGAGAGGAGAAGUAAAUAUGGAUGAUAUAUUUUGCAAAAUAAUUAAUUCAUGCCCUUUUCUCUACAGGAUUCUACCCUCCUCCUUCCGGGCCCUAUGCACCAAUGGGGUAUUACCCACCCACAUCUGGGCCUUACCCAGCUCAGUACCCAUCUCCUGAUUUUCAUGGCACCACCGUGAUCGUUCCCCCAGGAGCCAGUGCUUCAUCUGCUGCCACCACCACGGUGACUGUACUGCAGGGGGAGGCCUUCGGCAGCAAUCCCGUGCAGACCAUGUGCCCGCACUGCCAACAGCCAAUUGCUACCAAAAUCUCUCAUGAGAUCGGACUCAUGAACGUCUUGCUGUGCUGUUUCUGCUGCUUUGUUGGGUAUGUGAUACGAAUGGGGAGCCUGGUUGUACAUUGUUUUUAGGAAACUUAGAGUCACCAGUUUUCAUUGAUGGGACAAAUAGCCCAGUAGAGGGUCCUGAGAGGUACCUCUGCCUGAUCCCCCUGUCCAAAAGCAUAAAAAACUAAAGGGUUUUAUUAAUUAACCUGAGAAUUAGAAAGUCAAUUGCAAAAAUUUAGAAUUCUACAGAUCUAAAAUAGAGAAUAUAUAGGACAUUAUAUGCACACCAGUGUAUUUUAUAAACCAUUACACUCACAAGUGAUACAUUGAAGAUCUAUCGGAAAAUAUUAAGUAUAUGUUGUCUUCUCUCUCUCAGGUCACAAAUUAAGAUGGAAACAGGCGAAAAAUACAAACAUGGCGUCAUUCUUCCAAGUAAACUGAUCCUGUAAUGAAAAUUACACUUACAAGAUGUACAAAUGUUAAAGCAUUUCACCGUCACCAGCCAGGACUUUAAUCCUCCAGAGUACCCAAAGAAUUUACUCUUGAAUAGGCAGGUGAAUAGCCCAAUAAAAAUAAUUGCCCUACGCAUGUCGCCCAAACCUCUUUGAAAGGUCUCUCAGAAAAAAAUGUGGCUUCCUCCCACGUCCAUGUGGAAUGGAUGUUUGAGUUCCACGAGGAUGCAGGAAACUUAUAGGGAAAGAGUGGGCGAGUGGGGUUUAUACUGGUUUCUUCUGUGAGCUGUUUCAAGUGCCCCUGAGGAGGUCCAAGCGUUUGGAUGAAACGCGUAGGGUGAUUUUUUAUUUUUUUAUUUUUUUUUUACCUGUUUUUAUUGGGCUAUACAUCUGCCUAUCUAAGUGAGGAUUCUUCAGGUAUUCUGUUGGAUUGGAGCUUGGAGAUUGACGUCCUGGCUGAUGAUGGUGAAAUGCUUUAUCAUAUUCAAAACUUUUCAUUUUCAGAAUUACACUAUAUUUCUAUUUUUCUCCUGUUUUCAUAUAUAUUUGUGACUUGAGAGAGAAUGAAGACAUAUGAACAUAUAUUUAGCAAUGGAUGAUAUAUCCUCAAACAGAGUAUCUCUUGUGAGAGUAUAGUUUAUAAAAUACACAGGUGUGCAUGUAUUGCCCUAUAUAUUCCCUUUUUAUAUUUUUUCAACAUUUUUACUAUAUUUAAGAAGAUUAGGGUAAAUAUUUAUUUUGACCCCUUUACAAAUUCUUCCACUGGUGUUUUUUGGUUGUUUUUGGUAUAGAAUUGCAAAUACAAGGAUGAAAAUAGCUGAUUUGGACAAAUUCUCCAGCUUGGCCAUAUUGACCUUAAAUUAAGUGGCGACGUUUAGAACUAUUGUGAACCUUCCAGCCAGAACUGUCCCCAUUUACAGCAGGGUUGACCCUGAUGGCAAAUGGAACCGAGUCACUGAUGUUUGAGCUGACACUUCUAAACUAUUUCUGUAUACUUGGCCUUUUGACCAUAAGUAUUUGUUUUUGGGCAGUAGCUAGGACUGGGUCUCUACAAGUUUAACCAUAUGCAUCCUAUGUUUUGUUUUUUCGUUUUUUUCUAAACUUUAUUUUUAACUUUUUUUUUUUUUUCUUUUUUCAGAUGUGACCUGGGCUGCUGCCUCAUCCCUUGCAUGAUAAACGAUCUGAAAGAUGUCACCCACACUUGUCCAAACUGCAAGGCCUAUAUCUACACCUACAGAAGGAUGGGCUAA